UCCCGCAGGGUACAGUGCAGCUCAUAACUGUUUCUACCUCCUUGCAAAAUGGCUUUCGUACUUAAGACUUUCGUGGUGUUGGCCCUGACAUCGCCCGCUUUCACAGUGCACGCGCCCGGCGGCUAUUCUUACAACCGUUUCAGCGGUCCAGUUAGUGGGAAGAUAAUAGAAGUCCAGGUGCCAGCGGCUGAAGGUGCACAGCAGCACGCAGACUACGGAUACAAUCACCGACAGAGGCAAAUUGAUCCGGAAACAGCCAAAUAUGACCGCUUGAAGACCGUUGAUUACAAAGCUAAACCGGAUUAUCACUACGCUUAUGGAGUUCAAGAUCCCCACAGUGGAAACCAACAGGACCACAAGGAGUCCCGUGAAGGAGACGUAGUCCGGGGCGAAUAUUCACUGGUAGAGCCCGAUGGUUCCAUCCGUCUUGUGCAAUACACAGCCGAUGAUAAGAACGGCUUCCAGGCUACAGUGCACAAAAAACCAGGUGGUAAACCAAAUGCACCGGUACGUUAUACUCAAGUGACCCAGCCUCAGCAAGAAGAUUCUGGAGAAUACUAGUCCUAGUUAACUGUGAAGAAAAGACUAUUACAUAUUAUGUUGUUGAUAAGUGUUGUUAAAUACCUAUUUAUUAUGUUUGUUGUUAAUAAAUGAAAUGAUGUUAAAAGUAAC